AUGACACGGAGCUGGGAGCCGGGCCAGUGCAAGUGGCGUGACGGCAAGGAGGCGGCGCUGUGUGUCAACGCGUCGCUGGUGGAGGUGCCGUCCGGGCUCGACGCCGGCACGCAGGUGCUCCGGCUGGACGGCAACCGGCUGCAGGUGCUGACGGCGGACACGUUCAGCCGCCGGGGUCUGCUCCACCUGCAGCGGCUCUCGCUGGCCGCCUGCCGGCUCGGCCACAUCGACCAGCGCGCCUUCGCCGGCCUGGCGAACCUGGUGCAGCUGGACUUGAGCCGCAACCUGCUGCUGCUGGUGCCGUCCGACUCGCUGAAGCGGCUGGUCGGCCUGCGCGAGCUGCGGCUAGGCAACAACUUGAUCACGCGCCUGGCGGCUGACGCGUUCUCCGGCCUGGCCGAGCUGGAGCGGCUGGAGCUGAACGGCUGCCAGCUGGCCACCGUGCACGCGGACGCGUUUGUCGGUCUCGGCCGGCUCCAGUGGCUGCGGCUGGACAACAACCGGCUCACCACGCUGCCUGCUGACAGCCUGACGCCGCUGGCGAGCGUGCGCGAGCUCCACCUGCACGGCAACACGUGGUCGUGCGACUGCCGGGUGCGGCCGCUGAAGCGCUGGCUGGAGAGGACGCGACCCUCGCACGCCGAGGAGCCGCGCUGCGCCGAGCCGCUGCGGCUGCGGGACGCGCCGUUCGGCACCGUCCGGCUGGGCCAGUUCUCGUGUCCGCCGGUCAUCCGACAGGGCGCGCGCCGCCACCAGGCCUGGGCCGGCGACAACGUGACGCUUUCGUGCUCGGAGAAAACCAGCAUGCUGACCAUCCAGGCGGUGCGCGCCGCCGCCGCCGGCCGCUACAUCUGCGAGGCGCGCAACUCGGCAGGCCGCGUCACGCGGCCCGUCACGGUCAGCGUGACGGAACGGGAGGGCGUUACGCACCUGACGCUGAAGCUGGACCGCGGCCUGCUGCUGGGCGCGCUCGUCGUCGGCCUGCUGCUCAGUCUGGCCGUCUUGGCAGAGGAGCGCAGCGCCGUCGGCGGCUACUGCACGCUGCCGCGACGCGGCCCGCCGUCGGCGGCGCGGCGCUCGCCGCCCUUCUCCGACCGGUCCGAGUCCACCUGCAGCCCGCCGAGACCGUGA